AUGCCUCUCUGCGGUGGUUCAAAGACUGCCCAGCGAAAGCUCGUUCUCCUGGGAGACGGUGCCAGCGGCAAGACGUCGCUGCUCAACGUCUUCACCCGAGGAUACUUCCCGACCGUCUACGAGCCGACCGUCUUCGAAAACUAUGUCCACGACAUUUUCGUCGACAAUGUCCACAUUGAACUCUCGCUGUGGGACACGGCCGGCCAGGAAGAGUUUGACCGCCUGAGGUCUCUAUCCUACGACGACACCGACCUCAUCAUGCUCUGCUUUUCGGUCGACAGUAACGACUCCCUGGAAAACGUCGAGUCCAAGUGGGUCGGCGAGAUUGCUGACAACUGUGCUGGCGUCAAGUUGGUGCUCGUGGCCCUGAAGUGCGACCUGCGCGAACAGGGCGAGGGAGAUGACGACGACGAGACCAACAAUGUCGACGAGAAUGGUCAGCCGCGUGAGAAGAAGCCGACAAUCAGCUACGACCAGGGCCUCGAGGUGGCCAGGCGUAUAGGCGCCCUGCGCUAUCUCGAGUGUUCAGCCAUGAGGAAUCGUGGCGUCAAUGAGGCCUUUACCGAGGCUGCGCGUGUCGCUCUCAGCGUCAAGAAGGAGAGUGAGGAGAACAAGUGCGUCAUCAUGUAA